GGCUCCAGGACGCGCCUCACCUGCACCCUGAACGGCACCACCACGGAGGUCACCGGCCACCGCUGGGUGAAGGGCGGCCAGGUGCUGAAGGAGGACACACUGCCCGACCUGAGGACAGAGCUCGAGGUGGACCCAGCCGACGGCCCCGGCAAGUACUCGUGCAUCUUCCUCCCUGAGCCUGCAGGCAGGGCCGACAUCCCAGUCUACGGGCCCCCCAAGGUCAAGGCCGUGAAGAACUCUGAGCACGCCAACGAGAAGGAGACCGUCACGCUGGCCUGCAAGUCGGAGUCCUUGCCCCCUGUCACCCACUGGGUCUGGUACAAGAUGGACGAGUCGGGGAGCCAGGUCAUCGUCAACGGCUCCCGGGACAAGUUCUUCGUGAGCUCCUCGGCAGAGAGGACGGAGCUGCGCAUCAGGGACCUGGACGUGGGCAGCGACGGCGGUCAGUACGUGUGCAACGGCACCAGCGCGCAGGGCAGCGACCAGGCCACCAUCUCGCUGCGGGUGCGCAGCAACCUGGCCGCCCUCUGGCCCUUCCUGGGCAUCGUGGCCGAGGUGCUAGUGCUGGUCACCAUCAUCUUCAUCUACGAGAAGCGGCGGAAGCCGGACGAGGUCCUGGACGAUGACGACGCAGGCUCUGCGCCACUGAAGAGCAGCUCGCAGCCCGCAAACGACAAGGGCCAGGGAGUCCGCCAGAGGAACGCCACCUGAGCUGGCCCUCUCAGGACAUGUAGCUGCUGAGACUUUGCCCGAUCUGUGGAGUCCACGUCCGGGGUCCUGUCAUCUGCAAGAUUCCAGACUUUGUCGCUUCUUAAAAACCCACCCAGCAAAAGCAAAGCAAUCGUAGAUUCAAACCAUAGACGUUUUCCUGUUGCUUUCACACGUCACUGGGGUCUGUGUGUGGAGUCCUGACUCCCUCGUGCUGCGGGGCGGGGCGGGACCGCCGGGGCCGGGGUCGCCCUGUCACCGCCUGUGCUGUGGACCUGCACCUGCGGUGGAAGCCGGGUCUGUGCGCCUCUCGAGGCUUUUGGUCACGGGGCUCCCUUCUCGGUUCCUGGGGGACCCCAAGCCCUCCUGGUGGCUGCCUGCCGUGUCCGGCCGUCCAGUGGCCUGUGUGGCAGAUCCGCGGGCAGACCCACGGGCAGCCCCUCCCUCACCUGCCUCUCACCAAUAAAGAGCGACCCCACCUCUCCUGA